CAUUCUGACUUGAGCUACCAUUCUAGCUAACACCAUAGAGCUAGGCCUACGAGUAGUUAGAAUCUGCUGAUGUAAAAAGUCCGACCAUUCUCAAUAUCGGUGUACUCAGACUAAACAACAGGACACCGUCACUUUGGUCAUAAAUUCCCUAUUGAACCGUAAGGUAGUCUACGUUGCUCAACUAUGGCACGAUUGCUAAGUUGCUUGGUGAUGGUGCUGAUGACCAUGCAGGGAGCCGUCCCAAGUUCCGCUGAACGUCUCUGCACCUGCAAGAGGGGGGUUUGGAGACACGUCGACGGGUUACUGAAGCACGCAUCAGUCGGUCGGGCUGGCAUGUGGGGUGUCAAUAGUGGCGACAACAUCUUUUACAGGGUGGGAAGCUACGACGACGAAACGAAUACAGGCGACUCAUGGGUGCAACUUGAUGGUGCACUGAAACAAGUUGAUGUUGGGCGUGAUGUAGUAUGGGGAGUUAACAGUGACGAUGGCAUUUUCUACCGACAAGGCAUAACCGCUGGCACACCGGUCGGGACGGGCUGGGUUUUAGUAGAGGGAUUGUUAAAGCACGUCAGUGUCAGUCAAAAGGGGCAUGUUUGGGGAGUAAACGCCGGGGACGACAUUUAUCAUCGUAUCGGGGCAUCCAACUGCAAUGUUCGCGGUAACUCGUGGCUACAAAUCGGGGGGUUGUUGAAGCAAAUAUCGGUGGGUAGUGGGGGCGUAUGGGGCGUCAACUCCGGUGAUAACAUUUUCUACAGGCGAGGAACUUUUGGUGAUCCUGACUCGGAUACCGAUGGUGAUGGCUGGACACACGUAAGUGGAAAGCUGAAGUACAUCAGUUCUUCGGAUAUGAUCUACGGAGUUAAUUCUGGCGAUGCCAUCUUCUAUCGUCAAGGAGUAUCUGCCGGUACACCGACAGGUACGGGGUGGCAAAUCAUACCGGGGGCAUUGAAGCAGGUCGAAUCCCUGUCACUUGCUGUGUGGGGGGUCAACGCUGCAGACAACAUUUUUGUGAAAGAGAACGAUGAUUAGAAAUGAGUCUGGGGGAAUUCUGUAAGAUGUCUCAGCAAAACCACUGAACUCAUAAUUUAAUAAUCGAGUUCCAUUCCAUUGCAGUUCACAUCAGAUGAUCAUAUUGAAAGCACUACUCUCAUAAUUGAUAGUCGACAAUAACAAAUGGUUGUUGAAUUAAGUGUAACAGCCAAACGCAUACAAUGUAGUAGUCUUAAGAUACCUUAAUAUUGGAUAUUGUUACCUUUCUGUGAACUGAUCAGUUCUUGUAUUGUACUAUUAUUUUUACAGCAAGAGUAUGGAAUUUAAAUGAACAAAUACAUGUUACGAUUUUAAAGGGUCUAUGGAACUUUUGUAGGACAAAAAACACAAUGUCCACAGAUUUACACUAAACUUACACAGUUUGA